AUGGAGUCGCUUCAUUUAAUUGGGGAAUCCCAACCAGAGAAAUUACCGACUCUGCCAGCCAUACCUCACAAAUCUGACCCCCAGUCGAUUUCAGUGUUACAUGAUGAUGAAGGGCGCUACGUGACCCUAUACGAAAUCGCCUUGAGAGCGAGUGCACUGGAAACUGCUUCCUGCGAUGCAAAAGCGGCAGAAAAUGUCGUCAAAAUUCUGCAAGGGCCACACAGUUCUCCUCAAAAAAGACCAUCAUUUCCCCAUUCCUUUUUUGGCCUUGUGCCACAUCUAUCUAUCUAUCUAUCUAUCUAUCUAUCUAUCUAUCUAUCUAUCUAUCUAUCUAUCUAUCUCAAUCUGGUUCUAUCUAUCUAUCUAUCUAUCUAUCUGAUGCACUCUCUUUCUAUCUAUCUAUCUAUCUAUCUCAAUCUGGUUCUAUCUAUCUAUCUAUCUAUCUAUCUAUCUAUCUAUCUAUCUAUCUAUCUAUCUCAAUCUGGUUCUAUCUAUCUAUCUAUCUAUCUAUCUAUCUAUCUAUCUGAUGCACUAUCUAUCUAUCUAUAUAUCUAUCUAUCUAAUACUAAAUUUCCGCGAUUGCGAAACUUUAAACACAUUUCUUUUCUUUUCUUUCUUUCUUUCUUUCUUUCUUUCUUUCUUUCUUUCUUUCUUUCUUUCUUUCUUUCUUUCUUUCUUUCUUUCUUUCUUUCUUUCUCUUUCUCACUGAAUCCAAGUAGCGAAACUUUAAACACUUUUCUUUUCUUUCUUUCUUUCUUUCUUUCUUUCUUUCUUUCUUUCUUUCUUUCUUUCUUUCUUUCUUUCUUUCUUUCUAAACAAAUCCUCCUUAAUCUGAUUCUCUCUCCCCACUUCUAUAUUCCUUUCUUUCUUUCUUUCUUUCUUUCUUUCUUUCUUUCUUUCUUUCUUUCUUUCUAA